AUGGUCGACGCUCCCGAGAGUCCGCAACCCCAGGAACAAACCCCCGUCAAGUCCUUCUCGCAGAAUGGCGUCCGAACCACCGGCCGCGCCUUUGACUCCCCCAACUGGCGCAUGAAGGGUGAGGAGAGCCCCAGCGGUGCCGGGUCCCCUGGUCCCAAGACCACCACGUCGCGCACGGCGUUCAGUCGCCCGAGUCCGCGCGUGCCGCAGAUCAUCAAUGAGGGACGACGCCUGUAUGUCGGCAAUAUGCCUUACACGGCUAAGACGGAGGAUGUGAAGGCGCUGUUCACGGCGGCUGAGUUUGCGAUCGAGCGGAUCGAUAUCGCUGUUGAUCCCUUUACCGGCCGGAACCCCUCGUACUGCUUCGUUGAUCUCGAGUCCAAGGAGAUCGCGGACAAGGCUAUGGUCGAGCUGGACGGCAGUGACAUGCUCGGACGUCCGGUUAAGAUCCGCCCCGGCGUGGUCAAGUCCGCCAGCGAGCGGUCACAGCAGCAGCAGCAGCAGCAACAGGGCGAUGGAUCGCCCCGUCCGAACCGAAAUGCGCCCUUCAGCGUCGACCAGUGGCGCCGCGGCGGCGAUGCCCCCGCUCCUAUCCCUGCCCCUGCCCUCACCCGGACCAACAGCGAUUCCAGCCGUCGUCUCUACGUCGGCGGACUCCCCCGGUUGACGGAUGCCGAGGAGAUCAGCAGCAACAUGACCCAAUUUUUCCAGGGCUAUGAUGUCCAAAACGUCAGCAAGCUGUUCGCUCCCCACCCAGCCAAGCGAUUCGAAGCCGGCGACCACUACUACCUGUUCGUCGACUUCAGCAGCGUGGAAGAGGCACAGGCCGCCAUGGAUGCGCUGAACGGCAAGGAAGGACCCUGGGGCGGCAACGUGCGCGUGCAGCGCGCUCGUGGCGAGACCUCCACCUCUAACUCCGACGACCGUAAGACCCGGUGGGGUUCCUCUCGGGACACCUCCAACGGUCCUGCUGAGGCCUGA